UUCAUAAUUCAUCUAAUCCUCCAUUUUUACCAAUUACCCACAGAAAUUUAGCUACCCAUAAUCCCAAAUUGAGCUAUGUUGCUAAGAAAUAUACAGAUGCUCUGUUUUUUGAGUGUUUUAGUAGAGUUGGGAUUUUGUCAAAAUUAUACAAAGAAUUACAAUUACAUAACAUGGGAUGAUAUUAAAAUAGAUGAUUUUAGAGAUUUAGAGUCCAAAAAUGAGAUUCGAGGGAAGGGAAGUUGGAAUUAUAGUGGAAUAAUUGUGGUUGAUAAAACUGGAAAAACAGGGGAUUCUGUAACAGUUCAAGGUGCAGUUGACAUGGUGCCUUAUGGUAACUCUCGGAGAAUCAAAAUUGUUAUUCUUCCAGGAAUUUACAGGGAAAGGGUAGUUGUACCAAGCUCCAAGCCAUACAUUUCCUUCAUUGGGGCCAAAAACCAGACAUCAAAUACAGUAAUUACUUGGAAUAGUAAAGCUUCUGAUAGAAAUAGCAAUGGUGCUGAACUUGGGACAUUUGGUUCAGCUACUAUCAGCAUUUACUCUAACUAUUUUUGUGCAUCUGAGAUUACUUUUGAGAAUACAGUAGUGGCAAUACCAGGUGGAUUUGGAAUGCAAGCAGUAGCACUGAGAGUAUCAACAGAAAGAGCAGUUUUUUACAAAGUAAACAUACUUGGUUCCCAAGAUACUCUCUUGGAUGAAUCAGGAUCACACUAUUUUUACCAAUGCUUAAUUCAAGGAUCAGUUGAUUUCAUUUUUGGCAAUGCAAGAUCAUUAUAUCAGAAUUCAGUUCUUCAUUCGAUUGCCAACCGAUCUGGAGCAAUUGCAGCACACCAUCGGAAUUCACCUGAAGAAAAUACAGGGUUUUCGUUCUUAAAUUGUACAAUCAACGGGAGUGGCACGAUCUAUCUCGGGAGAGCUUGGGGGCCCUACUCGAGAGCUAUAUAUUCAUACUGUGAUAUUGAAGAUAUUAUAGCCCCAGAAGGAUGGAGUGACUGGGGUGACCCAGUAAAGCAAAAGACUGCAGUGUUCGGUGAAUUCCAGUGCAAAGGAGAUGGAGCAAACACAACGAGGCGAGUGCCAUGGGCGAAGUCUUUCAAUGUCGAGGACGCCAGACCAUUUCUUGAUAUGGAGUUCAUAGAUGGCAAUAAAUGGCUGCGGUUAUAACUUCAAAAACUAGAUUAAACUCUAGGAUUAGUCACUUUC